AUGUCCCAGAAACGCCUCUUCCGCAAUCUCAAGCUCGACUUUUGCUACUAUCUCAAGAACCCUGAAGCGACCAGCACUUUCAGACAAGAAUACGUUGUCUGUGAGCGUCGAGCUCCCCGUUCGCGUGGACGCAAGUUUCUCGAUCUCGUGCAAGGUGCCGGCGAAGAUGGUGGCCGAUUCUUCAAAUACGUGGAGUCACUCACUGUCCUCCUUUCGGACGCCGAAAAAAUCGAGAAGAGCGCUCGAGAAAGCAACCUAGCCACCCCUCGGCUCCUUCCUCUCCUGCCCAACUUGAAGAAAAUCACCUUCAUGGAGCCUCUUUCCAUUCUCGAGCGGAGAGAAUGUAACGCCAUGACCGAGAAUAUUCCAUGGGGCUCGCUAGAGUAUGACCUAAGGUCUGCUUUUCUCUGGGCAUUUCAAGCUCCCUCUUUGAAAGAACUCAACCUCGGGAGGGUUACGGACCUACCUAUCUGUUGCCUCCAGCUGUUCUCCGGAACAUUGGAUUCACUCGUCAUUUCGACGCUUUUUGCUGGCGACAGCGAUGAUAGGUCCUCCAAUGGUCCUGAAGAGUGCCCAAAUUGUGGCGGAGAAUGUCUGGUAUAUAAAAACCAAACGCGCGGGGGCCGUCCCUCCAUCAAGCGUCUGAGGUUCGACGGCGAGUUUCAGCCCCAGAGGAGCGUUUGCGACACGGUUGAACAGCUCCGCAACCCGAGCUUCCCCUUCGACCUCUCUCGCUUGACCUCUCUGGAAAUCGCAUCGUCCUCGAGGAAUUAUCAUAUGUGUUUCGAUCCCGUGUUGGAGAUGUGUUCCGAGACCCUUGAACGCCUUCACAUGCAGACAACACACAGCGUCUUUCCGUAUAUCCCAGGCGAGGAGCCAGAUGAAAGCCUAAGUUCUUCAUUCUUCGACGAUCGACUCUUGUCUUCGAUCCUCAACUUACGUGCCUUCUCUAUCGAGUUCAUUAUAUACGGCAACUAUCCAGCCAUGGAAGACCGGUCGCCAGCCCUCCGCACCGCCAUAGAGAACAACUCACCAAAGCUCGAGUACUCCUCUCCCGACGAAUGGCUGGCGCUGACGCUCGUUCUCAUCAACUUGAAUACGUCCCGACAUGGUUCCACGCGCCAUCUUGACGAGCUGACCGUCUACCUCGAGAUCAACUUCACUGAAUACAACACACUCCCGCGGAAUUGGCUUAAAUUCAUGUCGAUCUUUCGAUCUCCUACAAUGCCCAAGACGAACCGCUUUAGGGUUGAGAUACAUUGCCUCAGGCAGCCAAAGGACAUGGCGAGGAGUGAAAUGGCGAGACUUUUGUGGGAGGAUGAAAACGUGCAGUGGUUGGCAGCGGAGGGCAUUUUGACGGUGACUGCUAAGGUUGAGGAUAACAUCCGCUAG